AACCGAAUACGGCAGGCUGGAUCUCUUUAAGCUUCUAAUUCAAGGGAGGAGAUAUCCUGACAAUUACUGGCCAAUUUGAGAUAGGAUGUCUUAAGCAGGGCAAUUCUGGCUCUAAUAACUUGUAAAUCCGUCUCCGAGCGUUGGCGAGCACCACGUGAGCGUGACAGGGCCGGAUGGGUUGUACCGUUGUGGCACGCUUGGCAAAAACGUCUAGGGCCCGCCGCAACGGACAGCUGACUAUCUAUCGAUCGCAUAGCUCGGAUGAGCUCGACUCAACUGCCUCCGAGGCAAUAAUGUUUUCGUGAUGCCGCUGCUCUAUGGAAGAUUUAUAGCUCGGCCAUUGCCUACGUCGAGCAUUCAAUGCUCAGCUGGGCUACUCGGUCUUUCCCUGCGAUCGCCGCAAUGGCCUCGAUCCAGAGCUCCCUGUCCCGCUCCCCACGCCUUUAUUCGCAGAAGCUACGCCACUAGCAAGUUCGACCUGCCCAGCCUCGACGAGAAAUGGCGACGAAGAUGGGAUGAGCUGCGUUCCGACCCCAGCUCAAGAGCCAAUGGCUCCAAGGACAGGCGAUACAUCCUGCCUAUGUUCCCCUACCCUUCGGGUACAUUGCAUGUCGGACACCUUCGGGUCUAUACUAUCGCCGAUGUCCUGGCUCGAUUCAACACCCUUCAGGGCUACAAUGUUCUCCUCCCAAUGGGCUGGGACGCGUUUGGCCUCCCGGCCGAAAAUGCGGCCAUUGAGCGCGGCAUAAACCCAGCUACGUGGACGAAGGACAAUAUUGCGAAAAUGAAGGGCCAGCUUGACCAGAUGAAUGGGAGCUGGGACUGGUCGAAUGAGAUUGCCACUUGUGACCCCGAGUUCUACAAGCAUACUCAGAGAAUAUUCCUCCUCCUGCACGAGAAAGGCCUUGCUUAUCAAGCCGAAGCCGAAGUCAACUACGAUCCGGUGGACAAGACCGUCCUGGCCAACGAGCAGGUUGAUGCCGAGGGUUGUUCUUGGAGAUCCGGCGCCAAGGUUGAGAAACGCCGGCUGAAGCAGUGGUUCCUUCGAAUAUCAAGCUUCCGGGAAGAUCUCCUUCAGGGGCUACAGGGUCUGGAAACGAAUGGCGCCUGGCCCGAGAGGGUCCUGGCUAUGCAGAAGAACUGGCUCGGGAAGUCAACCGGCGCAAUGAUAAAGUUCCCAAUUAUAGCCUUCAAACACGAGGUUGGCGCCGCCAUCGAGGUUUUCACGACCCGGGCAGACACCCUGUUCGGUGUGCAGUACCUAGCUCUUGCCGCAUCCCAUCCAAUUGUUGCUACCUUGGCCGAGAAGGAUCCCGAGCUACAGGCAUUUAUCGACACGUUGCCUGGGCAUCCUCCUGACUCAAAAGUCGGAUAUAUGUUGCCUCACAUCAGGGCGAUAAAUCCGCUCGCGUACCACGAGGAAUCACCGGAAGCUAUUAAGCAGUCCAUCCCCGUCUACGUCGCUUCGUAUGUGCUCGGCGACUAUGGAGAAGGGGCUGUGAUGGGUGUCCCCGGCCAUGACCACCGAGACUUUGCUUUUUGGAGAGAGCACCAUUACGAUGAGCCCAUCCGCGUUGUUCUCGCCGCAUCGGACGACGAGUCCACCACAGCCAUGCUUAACAAACCGUUCGUUGAACAUGGCGUGAUGACCGCGCACAGUGGGCCAUUCAAGGGCAAGACGUCGAAAGAAGCCGGCCAAAUUCUGGUCUCCAUGCUUGAGGCAGUACAACUGGCGAAGCCCGAAGAAAAGUGGCGGUUGAGGGAUUGGCUUAUAAGUCGCCAGAGAUACUGGGGGACGCCCAUCCCAAUCAUCCAUUGCGGCUCGUGCGGAGCAGUUCCAGUCCCGGCGGACCAGCUUCCCGUCAAACUACCGGCGGUCGACGAACACUGGGCCGAACGCAAGGUGGGUAACCCCUUGGAGUCCCUCCAAGACUGGGUGAAUACCUCCUGUCCCAAGUGUGGAGGCGCUGCCAAGAGGGACACCGAUACCAUGGAUACAUUUGUGGACUCGAGCUGGUAUUACAUGAGGUUUGUCGAUCCUCACAACAAGGAUGCUCCCUUCUCCCCCGAGCAGGUGCGGGAGCUGCUCCCCGUGGAUAUUUACGUCGGCGGCAUUGAGCAUGCAAUCCUGCAUCUCCUGUAUGCCCGCUUCAUCUACAAAUUCCUGAUGGCGAGUCCCUUGGCCUCGGACGGAAAUGGCCAGGCUGGCGCAGUCCAUGAGCCGUUCAAGCGGCUGAUAACUCAGGGGAUGGUCCACGGCAAGACUUACACCGAACCAUCAAACGGCAGGUUCCUCAGACCAGACGAGGUCGAGUUGAACGAUCCGGAAACCCCAAGGGUUGCGAUGACCGGCGAGGCGGCCAAUAUCAGCUACGAGAAGAUGUCGAAGUCCAAAUACAAUGGCGUUGAUCCUACCACAUUCAUCGCCGAGCACGGAGCAGAUUCGACGCGCGCGCACAUGAUAUUCCAAGCGCCGACCAGCGACCAGCUCAACUGGGACGCGGAAAAGAUAUCGGGCGUUACACGCUGGCUCCACAAGGUCCACGAUCUGGUCCUCAAAGUUAAGGAGAUCCCGGCAGACCAGACCAGCAAGUCGGCAAGGGAAUACCUCGAAGAAUCCGCGGCUAGGCUUGGCUCCUCGGGCGAGGCGGAGCUAGCGCAGUGGGAUGCGGACGCGGCGGCGUGGCUCGACGUGCAGAAGACAAUCGAGUCGGUCACGGCGUCGUACAGGAAGGUCACCUCGCUGAACACGGUCGUUUCCGAUCUGAUGAGCCUGUCAAACACCAUAGCCGCCAACGGGAACGCCCACCCCAUCAUCCAAAGGGAGGCUGUCGUCGCGAUCCUAUGCAUGGCUGCUCCAAUCACUCCUGCGUUCGCGGAGGAGUGUUGGAGCAUUUUAUACCCGGCGUCCAGGUCCAUCUUCCAAUCCGUCUCAUUCCCGGUCACCGACGGGACUGCCCCCAUGCUGCAGCCGCGGAUGCAGCCCUGUGCUGUGCAGGUGAACGGGAAGCUCAGACUGGUGGUUGAUAUACCGAAACCCGCGAGCUUGCAAGGCGACGAGCUGAAGGACUGGGUGGUGGAGCAUGUCACCAUGACGGAUGAGGGCAAGGCCAAAUUGUUGGACGGCGCCAUCGACAUCCGGUCAGCGAAGAAGGUCCUCGUUGUUAAAGAAGGCAGGCUCGUGAACUUUGUACUAUAGCCACGGAAACUGAGACUGUACGAUAUGAUACCCUGGGCUCCUGUCCACGCAGACGGGAUAU